AUGCCAAUUGGCGUUCUUCUUCCCUCUUACUACGCGCGUCCACGAAUUGAAACAAUUUUCUCAUCAUCAUCAGCAUCUCUCGUAGUAUAUACGCUGACCUUUGGAGACCCAGAUUGCUGGACGGAUGGAUUCGUGAAGUCUUACGUGUCUUUUCCGAUUAACCUCGAUUUAUCAUUCAAGCUUUCCCCACCUUGGAUUCUCAACGAGUCGUAUUUCUUCAGUUUUCUCUUUCCCAUUAAUCUUAUUUCUGUGUUGACGUCUGUCCUUCGUUCCAGUCUGCCCCGUCAAUUUAAUGAAUCAUUCGCUAUAAAUCUUUUAAUUUUAUCAUUUUUGCAGAUGUCCAAACCGCCGGUUCGGGUGGUCGCUCAACCUCCACCACAUCAGCAAUCGUCGUCCCAACAUCUUCAAUACCACCACUCGCAAGCCCCGACGAUGUUCACGGCACCACCAAACCGACAGCACUUUAUUCCAACGAUGCAAGUUCAUCCGACGAUGGCUUCUCAAAUCAAACGAACCGUCCCAACUAACACACAGUUUCAGAUGCCGUCUGAAACUACUGACUAUGGAGUGAAGCCUCAAUCGGUAGAGAUUGUGCAAAAAGUUCGAGCAGUUCGUCGACAAGUCGCCGAUGAGGAGACCGAGCUGCGACGACUUCGUGAGUUGGAACACGAAACGUCACAUCUUCGUGACAAAAAUUACGGUAGAGAGAAGGAGGUUACUGUUCAAGGAUCUGUUCUUAAAGAUGCUCAACUGGAACUACGAAACGCUUCAAUCAGGGCGCAGUCUUUGAAUCGACAUCUCGAAGAGAUGUAUCGAAGACGUCAGACUGCUACUGCGGCAGCUCACGCCGAGCAACGAAAAAUGCAACAGCAGCAGCAGCAUACUCUUAUGGCUAGAGCUGCAAACCAACAAGUACCAGCUCAAGAAAUCGUCCGACCCCGUGCGUCUGUAGAACCAUUCCAAGUUGUCAACGCCCAGCAACAACCGGCAUCACCUCAAAUGGUGAAGUCUGAUGAGUUCGCAGAGAAAAGAGAUCGUCUCGAUAGCAACAACAGCAGCUACGAUUCGAUUGAUGGAUCUGCAGGAAUCAACAAGAUUCCUGCCGAGCCUUCUUAUCUUGCACCGAGCAAAGAGAAUCAGCAGCAGCAACAGAAGAAUGUUGAGACGAGUCCCUCGCCACCAAAGGAUCCACAUCCAAGUCUCAGUCCUCCAUCUUCGUCAGCAACUUCACAGAAGGCUCCAGCUCUGAUCACUUUUGCCCCUCCCACCUUUGAGCAGAAGAUCAACUCCUCCACUAUGACUCGUGAUUCUCCUUCUGUUGAGCGACCUACUGCAUUCGGAGACAGUCUCGACGAAUCGCGUUUAAGAAGUGGAAAGACUGAUUUGGUGUCUCUUCGAUCAGAUUCUCUCAAAGCUACCAAGCGCCGCUCGUGGGCCGCAUCAGAAGGGACUUCGAUGUCCGAGGCAGAGAUGAUUCAUAGGCUUCUUGACGAGCAAAGACGUGGUCGAACUCAUUUUAUCCCACAACUCCCACCAUCUCAAGAAGAGCCAACUGUCGUUCCAUCAGAAGCCAUUACCGUAGAAGUUGUUGAAUCCAAAUCAGAUACUCCACAGUCAACAUCGCCGAACAAUCUGGAGUUACCUAUCGAACAGAUGGCACAUGGAAGCGAUACAACAACCGAGGAAGAUGCAAGCUCAUGCUCCACUCGUUCGGACGAUGGACAGAAUUUGGAAAUGGAAGUGGCUUCGGAAAAAAGAACUGUGAAAGGUAUUCUCAGAAGACCGAAUGAAAAAAUGAACAAGGGACGCAUCGAAUUUGACCCAUUGGCUCUCCUUCUCGAUGCCGCUCUUGAAGGAGAACUCGAUUUGGUGAGAAGCAGCGCUGCGAAGCUAGCGGAUGUUUCACAAGCCAAUGAUGAAGGGAUUACCGCAUUGCACAAUGCGAUUUGUGCUGGACACUAUGAAAUCGUGCGAUUCUUGAUCGAGCACGAUGCUGAUGUGAAUGCUCAAGAUUCUGAUGGAUGGACUCCACUUCACUGUGCCGCGUCAUGUAAUAAUCUUCCAAUGGUUAGGCAACUGGUGGAAGGAGGAGGAUGUGUGUUGGCAUCUACUCUCUCGGAUAUGGAGACACCAGUAGAGAAAUGUGAAGAAGAUGAGGAUGGCUACGAUGGAUGCUUGAAAUAUCUCCUCGCUGCUCACAACUCGACCGGAGCCAUCAAUGCUGGAAAAGUGUAUGCUGCAUACGGAUAUGAAGCUGAAUUUGAAGAUGAACUCAGUUUUGAUGCUGGAGAAGAACUGACUGUUAUUGCUAAAGACACAGUUGACAAGAGUUGGUGGACGUGCAAGAAAGGAAAUGGAGACAUGGGACAAGUGCCGAGAACUUAUUUGGCUUUGUAUCCAGCAUUGAAAUAUAGAAAGAAACUCAACUUCGUGAUGUUCGAUCUUCCGCUGGAAUCCAACAACAACGUCGAAUAA